CCCCGACGCGACACGAUCAGGAUUCAGGGGGCCUUCAAAUUAGAAAGCUUGACCUGGCCCUGCCCCGUCCACCACCACCACCACUAUCGCAUUUGGCCAUUGCCCUCCCUCCCUCCCUCCUCCCAUGCCGACCAGUUGGCGCUACCUCCUUCGUCUCCCCUCCCUUACUGCCUAACACGUUCUUGGCGCGUCGUUUUUCUUUCGCCCUGCAGUUUGGUUGAUUUCGUUGGCCAGUGGCCACUUGUCUCUCUGCAAGCUUUCAUCUUCGCCAGAAGCUCGAGCAGCCAAGAACGCGUCCGGCGUGGAGCUGGCAACCGUCGUAGACUUGAUCUUCCCAGGGCGCGUCGAACUAGGCGCCCGCGGGGGAGCUGGUGACGCUAGGUGGUGGAUCUGCGGCGGGGAGGGUGGUGGCGGGCAGCAGGGGAUGACGACCGCGCGGCAGUGGUGGCAUCGCGCGGCGGCGGCCGUCAAGGACAGGAGGAGCCUGUACCUGACCCGCGUGGCAGCUAUGCGGUCGGCCUCGGGGGCGGCAGCGGCGCUGAGGAGCCACGAGCUGGAGGCGGCCGUGAUCCGCGCGACCAGCCACGACGAGCGGUCGGUGGACUACGGGAGCGCGGCGCGGGUGUUCGCGCUGGCGCGCACGUCGCCGUCGGCGCUGCAGUCGCUCAUGUGGGCGCUCGCGCGCCGGGCGGGGCGGACCCGGUGCUGGGUCGUGGCGCUCAAGGCGAUCAUGCUGGCGCACGGCCUGCUGCUUCGCUCCGACCUCGCGCCACGCGCGGCGCGCCUCGGCCGCGUCCCCUUCGACCUCGCCGACUUCCGCGACCGCUCGUCGCCAACGCCCAAGUCGUCGGGGUUCUCCGCCUUCGUGCGCGCCUACUUUCGCUUCCUCGACACCCGCUCCCUCUUCGCUGCACAAGAAUUAGACGGCACAAACAACGAAACCGACGACGAGGACGCGCGGCUCGACCGCGUGACCAAGCUGCAGCACCUGCUCGACCUGCUCAUACAAAUCCGGCCGUACGGGGACGGCAUGGAACAGGCCCUCAUCCUGGAGGCUAUGGACUGCGUCGUCAUCGAGAUCUUCGAGGUCUACAGCCAGAUAUGCACCGGCAUUGCCCGAUUCCUCGUCGCCGUUCUUGGCUCGGCCCCGACGACGCCGCGGCCGCGGCCGGGGGAGACGGUGGCGGCAGCGAGGCGGCGGAGGGGAGUGCAGGGAAUGCGGGUGCUGAGGAAGGCCGCGGAGCAGAGCGCCCAGCUGUCGUCGUACUUCGAGCUGUGCCGGGGCCUGGGCGUGCUCAACGCGGCCGAGUUCCCGGCCGUGGAGCGCGUUCCGGACGACGACAUCAGGGGCCUCGAGAAGCUCAUCACGAGCCACGUUGUCGAAGGCGGCAGCAAGGAGAAGGACGAGAAGGCGUUGGUCGCCGUGGAGGAAACCAGCGUGGCGUCGAAGACGGUGGUGACGAAAGAGUGGGUGGUGUUCGACGACGACGACGACAGUGCCGGCGCCGGCGUCAGGCAAGGGCACUUCGGUAAUCACGUGAACCCGUUCGUGGGCGCGCGGCGCGCCGUGGGACGCCAUGGCGGGGAGCGGAGACUUGUGGGUUUAGAUGGUCUCAUGGAGAUGCGAUCUGAUCCGUUGGAUUAAUCAAAAUUUUCCUCAUCAUAAAUUGUUUUCUAUCGACUUGACCUACAUUUUGAUUAGAAACAGAAUGAGAUUUGAAUCCUUGUAAAUAUAGAUGUUUCUGCCCUUAGGGAGAUGAAUGUGAAGUUGUGAUUCACUCCUUAAGUUCCAAAAUAUUAGGUUUUCUUAUAUGUAUCUUUUUUG